GAUCAUUUGUCGUGACGUUUAAUUUUGACACUGACGUUUCGAAACAAAGAGGUUAGGUUAUUAUUAUUAAAUCCAUCGAAUUUAUAUUAAAAGAAAUAAUGAUAUAAUGGCGAUUCCGGGUGAUAUCCAAAUCUUAGCAACACUAUUACGCAGCGAAGGGGACAAAAUUUUAGCGAACAAGUGCAAAUUAACACUCUCAACGGAUUUAGUCGACGAAUUAAACGAUUUAUUCAAUAACGAGAGUUCCUUAACUUCAUCGUUUCACGUUUUAAAUAACACCCUCACCGAAAUAAACAGGGAUUUAACUUUUUUGCACGAUUUCGUGCAACAAUCGAAAAGUUUGAAGUUAAGUUUAGGAAAACCCAGAGAUUUACAAUCGGAUAAUAUCGAUAUUUCUAAAUUUAAAUCGUUGCGUUUAUUGGAAUUGCAUAGAAUUAAUGUUAAUAAUAUAAUUGGUAUAAGUAAUUUAAGGGGAAAGUUGCAACAUUUAGUUUGCGAACGUAGUUUAAAUAGUUUAAGAGAUAUUUUUGAACGAUGUGGUGCUGAUGAUUCUGAUGGUAGCAAUUGGUAUGAGUUGAGAGAAGCUGUGCUAAAUCAUAAUGGUAUUAAAUGUAUUGAUGAUAGCCUUAAAUAUUUACCUAUGUUAACCACUUUGGAUUUGUCACAUAAUUCGAUUAAAAAUUGUGAUGAAUUAAGUGGUUUAUCCAGUUUAAAACAUUUAAAUUUAAGUUUUAAUCAGUUGCAAAAAGUUCCCGUUUUUUCCCGCCCCAUUUGUAGCCGCCUCCAAAUGUUGGUUUUAAGAUGUAAUUUUAUUGAGGAUAUUCAAUCAGUUUCUAAGCUUGUUAAUUUAACCCAAUUGGAUUUACUUGAAAACUGUCUUUUAGAACACAACAAUUUAAUCCCACUUUCUUAUCUUGUUGCUUUGCAAUGGUUAAAUUUAACAGGAAAUCCUUUAAGUUAUCAUCCCCACCAUAGGAUUAACACCGUUAAAUAUUUACAUUCAAACACAUCCUCUGUUAAGUUUAUCUUGGAUGACGACGUUUUGAGUUCUUAUGAGCAACAAAAUGUGGGUUCUUUACACCCUAAGUGUCUUUAUAAGCAAGUUGAACAACCAUCUGAGCCUCAAGAAAAUUUAGAACGAUCAAUUCGAGUUCGAUCCGCGAUUAUCAACGAAAAUAAAUCGGACGAUGAAGAUAAUUUCGAAAAAAUAACGGUUUCCGUUUCGGUUGAGGUCCCAAAAAUUAACUCAGAACCGAAAGAAAAUUUAAACAGCAUCCCCAAAGAUUACAUUAAAUCGUUAUAUGGAAAAACCGGAUUUACCCCCUUAGAUUUUUCCACGCAAAGUGGUUCAGCUCCAUCUUCUUCAACGCCGCUUCAAGAUUAUAUCACAGAUGAAAUGGCGAAGGUUAAAGAAAACAUUGAAGAAACGAGCCAAUACGUAACAGCUUCUGAGACAAUUAAUGAAUUAAAUGAUUUAAAAGAUUUAAAAGAUAACGAAGUCGUUGAAGAAGAAAGUGGGGUUUACGACGAUCCAGAAGAAACCGAAAAAUUAAGCGAUGAUGACUUUGAAAGUGGGGAUAGCAACAUAUUCUUAGUAAACAUAAAAGGUGGUCAAAGCGACGUUUUUGCAAUAAUAGGAAAAAAUAAUUUGGUUGAGAGAAACGCGAUAACCUCGAAAGUUUUAUCACGAAUUUCGUUAGAUUCGAUUAUUUUGUGUAAUAAAACAACUCUCGAUGAAAUCGAGUACGUUUAUAUUGAAUUUGAAACGUUUCGAAGUAACAAUAACCGAUUUUAUUUGAUUGAAAACGUCGAAGAAAGGGAACGAUUCUUUGGGAGGAUUAAAAUUUUGGUUGAUGCUAGGCCGGCGUCGGAAUCUCUCGAGAUUUUUUCUUGCUUAAAAUGUUCGACGCAGUUUGGGGUUGAGGAGCAAAAUACGGUUCAUAAAGAUACUAUAGUCUGUCCAGCUUGCGGUAGCAAUCUGGUUUUUGAAGAGAAUAAUAGCUAACUAAGGAUUUUUACGGUUUUUGUGAUAUGUAAAUUAUUAUUUGUAAGUUUAUUGUGGAAAAUGUUGAAAAUUAAAAAAUACAUAUUUUUCUAAUUCAUUA